AUGGCAGCCAGUGGGUUAAAGUGCAUGAGGUUGACCGAGCACCAGACCAAAGUUUUGGAGGAAAGUUAUAAAAAGCAUCGGUGUCCCGACCAGGUGUCACUCAUGUUAAUUGCCGCUGAAACUGGACUCUCUGAAGUGGAGACGGAGCAAUGGUUCAAGCAGCGCAACUCCAAGUGGCGCCAGGCCGAGGGUCUUCCAGCUGAACUGGGUUCUGUGCUGGACUGA